CCACCGAGGCUCCCAGGGAAGUGUCCUGUGGCCCAUUCCUACCUGGCCAGUGGACUCAGGCUGGUACUCAGCAUCUGAGAGUUGCCCAUGCCAUAGGCACUACCAGCCAGAGGUCUUGCUCUGGCUGUGGUGUCCUGUCCUGUCCUGUCCUCCAGGGACAUGUGGACACACGUGAGAGCUGGCUCUGCAGGGAGCACUCUGCCAGGGCCCCUUCUUGCCCCCUGCCCAGCAUUCCAUCUCUCUGAGCUGCUUGGGCAUGGCUUGCUGCCCACCCAGGACAUGGAUCUCCUGGACUGGGAGCCUCAGGGAUGGGGUGUGGGAGAUGGGGCACCUCCAAGGGCAUGGUGGAUGGCCUAAUCAGCAAGCAGGAGAUUUUAGGAGUAUCUGAGAGGGGCUGAGGAGGUAAAGAGGAGACAGAAAUUUUGGGCCCCCCUCAUGGGUGUUCCCAGGCUGGUGCUCAGGCAGCACCUGGGCCAGGGGUGGAUGGUUUCAGCUGGGAAGGGGCUGGCUGGGAGGGGGAUUGGGUGUGGAGGAGGGUGGGGAAUUUGGUGGGUGCGUGAGGACUCAGACAAAGUGGGGAGACUCAGACAAAGCAGAGGCACGGGGGAGGGCAUGGGGGACUGGGGCGAUGCGGUGGCACGGGGACAGCUGCAGAGAGGACUGAGACGGGGACAGGAGACUAGCACGGCCCAGGGGGCUCCGGGAGCGCCAGAUGAGCUGGGAUGGAGCGGGGGGAUGCAAGGGGUGAGCAGGGGGGUGCUGGGUCCGGGGCAGGUGCUAAUGGCUGGGGCGGGGAGCGGCGGGGGGGGGGGGGGCCAUGCAGCCCCCGGCGGCCUCCCCCGGCCCCGCCGCCCCGGCGGGAGCCGAGCUGCUGCGCUGGCAGUGGCGGGAGGUGCAGGCGCCCUGCCUGGUGGCCGCCUGGAUCCUGGUAGCCAGCCUGGCCAAGAUCGUUUUUCACCUGUCAAGGAAGGUGACAUCUGUUGUCCCGGAGAGCUGCCUUCUCAUCCUGCUGGGGCUGGGCCUGGGGGGCAUCGUGUUGGCCGUGGCAAAGAAAGCCGAGUACCAGCUGGAGCCCAACAUGUUCUUCCUCUUCCUUCUGCCCCCCAUCGUCCUGGACUCGGGGUACUUCAUGCCCAGCCGGCUGUUCUUUGACAACAUCGGUGCCAUCCUCACCUACGCAGUGGUGGGCACGCUCUGGAACUCCUUCGCCACCGGCACCGCGCUCUGGGGCCUGCACCGGGCCGGGCUCAUGGAUCCAGGUGUUGAAGCUGGUCUGAUGGAUUUCCUGCUCUUUGGCAGCCUGAUUUCAGCUGUGGACCCUGUGGCAGUCCUGGCUGUCUUUGAAGAGGUCCAUGUUAAUGAGACCCUCUUCAUCAUUGUGUUUGGCGAGUCUCUCCUGAACGAUGCUGUCACUGUGGUGCUGUACAAGGUCUUCAACUCUUUUGUGGAGCUGGGCCCAGCACACAUCCACGCCACAGACUACGUGAAGGGGGUAGCCUCCUUCUUCCUGGUGAGCCUGGGGGGCACAGCCGUGGGGCUGCUCUUCGCCUUCCUGCUGGCCCUGAUCACGCGGUUCACCAAGCGCGUGCGCAUCAUCGAGCCGCUCUUCGUCUUCCUCCUGGCCUACGUCGCGUACCUCGCCGCCGAGAUGGUCUCGCUCUCCGCCAUCCUGGCAGUCACCUUCUGUGGGAUCUGCUGCAAGAAGUACGUGGAAGCCAACAUCUCCCAGAAAUCCCGCACCACAGUCAAGUACACCAUGAAGACACUGGCCAGCAGUUCAGAGACCAUCAUCUUCAUGUUUCUGGGCAUCUCGGCUGUGGACACCUCCAAGUGGACAUGGGACACAGCUCUGGUGCUGGGCACCCUGUUCUUUAUCCUGCUCUUCAGAGCUGUGGGUGUUGUUCUCCAAACAUACGUGCUCAACCGCUUCCGCCUCAUCCCCCUGGACAGGAUCGACCAGGUGGUCAUGUCAUAUGGUGGCCUCCGUGGGGCUGUGGCCUUCGCCCUGGUCAUCCUGCUGGACAGGGAAAAAGUGAAAGCCAAGGACUACUUUGUGGCAACGACCAUCGUGGUGGUGUUCUUCACUGUCAUUGUGCAGGGCCUCACCAUCAAACCCUUGGUGACGUGGCUGAAGGUGAAGCGUAGUGACCACCACAAACCCACGCUGAACGAGGAGCUGCAUGAGCACGCCUUUGACCACAUCUUGGCAGCGGUGGAGGACAUCGUGGGGCACCACGGCUACCACUACUGGCGGGACAAGUGGGAGCAGUUUGACAAGAAAUACCUGAGCCAGCUCCUGAUGCGGAAAUCUGCCUACAGGCUGCGGGAUGAGAUCUGGGAUGUUUACUACAAGCUGAACAUCCGGGAUGCUAUCAGCUUUGUAGAUCAGGGUGGCCACGUGCACUCGGCUGCCAAGCUGGCGCUGCCCUCCAUGCCCAGCCGCACGUCCAUGUCCGAGUCAUCAGUCACAAACCUCCUGAGGGAGAGCGGGAGCGGCGCGUGCCUGGACCUGCAGGUGAUCGACACGGUGCGGAGCCGCCGGGACAAGGAGGACGCCGCCAUGCACCACGUGCUGCGAGGGAGCCUCUACAAGCCCCGGCGGAGGUACAAGGCCAGCUACAGCCGUCACUUCAUCUCUCCAGAUAAACAAGAGCGCCAAGAUAAAGAAAUCUUCCGGCAGAACAUGAAGAGGCGUCUGGAGACCUUCAAGUCCACAAAGCACAAUGUCUGCUCCUCCAAGAGCAAGGCCAGGCUGAAGGAAAAAGGCAGGAAAAAGAAGAACAUCUCUCUGACCAAAGAGACACCCAAUGGGAAGACUCACAGAAAUGUCCCCUGGCAGGAUGCAGCUCCUGUCCUGGUGAUGGUCAGCUCAGAGGAGGAGGAGAGUGACAGCUCAGAGACGGAGAAGGAGGACGAUGAGGGGAUUGUGUUCGUUGCUCGAGCCACUGAUGAGGUCCUGCAGGGAAAGACAACUCCUGGCAGCCUGGAUGUCUGCCCCAGCCCCUGCAUCAUCCCUCCGUCACCAACCUUGGCAGAGAAGGAGCUGCCAUGGAAAGGAGACCAGGCUGAUCUGGCUGUUUAUGUCUCCUCGGAGACCACCAAAAUUGUGCCAGUGGAUAUGCAGAAGGCGUGGAACCAAAGCAUCUCCUCCCUGGAGAGCAUUGCUUCCCCCCCAGGCAUCGAGAGCGGACCUCAGCACAGGAGAUUUGCCUGCCCUGUGCUGGAGGAGCAACCCCAGUCUGCAAGCCAGGCGAUGCCAGAGCAGAGCUCCUGCUUCCAGUUCCCCAGCCAUAUCUCCAAGAGCGGCCGGUCACAGAGUGACAGCAGCCCGGACGGUCCCGAGCAGCAGGAGCUGCAACCUUUGAUGGCCACAGAGGAGCAGGGCAGGAUGCCACCCUCUGCAGAGCCCAGGUGGCUGAUGUUCAACAGAGCAAGCCACCUCUGAGGCAUCCUGUGGAUUGGGAAGGGUCUGAGAGCUGAAGACAGGCUAUGACCUGGUGACUGCUCUGUCUUGCACUGCAAAGCUUGUGUGUGUCUCCAUAUACUCCAGGAGAGACAGGAGAACCCAGUAUUCCUCCUGGAGCUGUUCUCCAGGUUGUGCUUUGCCCAUGCACCUGCUGAUGCAAACCUGGACAAUAAUUGGUCUUUGUGCUGUGACAGCAGGUACCAGCCCCUGUCCGCCCAGGAAGGCACAGAUCCCAAACCUCAUUCUUUCUCUCUGGUCCCUACACAUCUCUGCAGCUGGGGGGUUAGAGAUAUUUCUCCCAGGGCUGGGAUCCUGAACAGACUUGAUCCUCUCCUGGCUGUGCUGCCCUGCGGUGGUGGCUGCUGGAAAUGGGCUGUGGCUGCUCACAGGUGUAAGAGUAUGAGCUGGUCUCCAGCCUGGCUGUGAGUAGGAGACCUCUGGGAGAAGGGCUGAGAGCAGCACUGGUGCACAAGAGCCCACCCACACCCAGUGACUGAGCCAUUGGCUUCAAGGUGACCACAGUGCUGGUUCCUCACAGCAUGCAUGGAGCUCAGCCAGGAGCUCGGAGAUGGGCUCCUUGCCACGACAGCCCCGUGUUCCCCGGGUUAUGGAGGCACCACAGAGGCAAGGCCGUGGCUUUCUCAGGACUGGGAGCAGCGCUCCUGGGGCUUGGCUCCACCAGGAGCUGGGUUAGCAAACCUGUACGCACAGGGACUCCUCUAACAGCCACCCUGCUGUGCCAGCCUCGCACCCUCGCCUGGAUGUGUUCCCAGCAGCUGCAGUGUUCAGCUUUCUGGCUUUACUGGCAGGCAGCUGCCCUGCACAGCAUCCUUGGUGUUCCUUCUGCCCACGUCUGAGUCUCCCAGUUGCCUGGGGUGCAUCAGCUGGGAGGACUGGUCAUGGUGCAAGGAGUGGAGCGAGCAGCAGGUAUGAAUGUACAGCAGGAUGGGUGUGACCAGUGUGCAUCUUCAAAGGUCUGUCCCCAACACCUGCAUCCCAGCCACCUGUUUCCUCCUCAGAGGGUGCUGGGAGCUGGUGGCACACACGAUGAAUUACUUCUGGUGUGACCUCAAGGGCCAAGAAUUUCACCCCAAGAACUGCUCAGCACACAAAAGAGCACAAUGGCUGGGCACCGGCAGAGCAGGAAGGUUGGGGGUCACUCCUCUUUGGGAAAAAUGGGGUCUUGGACUGUUAAUGCUCCAAAGCAGAUAAAAGGCUGCCUUUUCUGGCUCUGUGGGUGUGCUGAGACAGCAGGUGCCAAGGGGACCUGGAUGCACUGGGUGGGCGAGUCCAGUGUGGAGCAGGUGAGCUGGUGGGGCUCCCAGCCCUGUCAGCAGGGCUCAGCAGAGGCCCUUCAGCUCUGUACCUGUUCCACCAGAUGAGCAUGAAGUUUUUAAAAGGUUUUUAUAUAGUUUUGCAUUUCUGGUAUGACUUAUUCUAGUUUUGAUUUCUGAUAUUGGGCCAUACUAAAUCUCUAGUUGGGUCAGUGUUUUCUGUAGCCAUGGGCACCACAAAUGACUCAAGACUUAAUAUAUUAUUUGCAAGGAUAUUGUUAUAAUGUGAAAAUAUAUGCAGAGUAUUUUGUAAUGUUCAAUAAACUGGAGUUGGAGCAGA